UGUCAUCGUGGCAGCGAGUCGAAAGGAACGGACUCACUGAGUCGUCUCAAAAGAAAAAAAUCGUUUGGCCAUGGAAUCCUUGAUUAACCCCUGUUCUGCACCAAUAACCACGUCUUCUUCAUCUGCUUCUUCUUCGACUUUCCCAAUUUUCUUUCCCAGGAAGACUCCCUUCUCAUCUAGACCUGCUCAAUUCUCUCUCGCCUCCAAAAGUGACGAUAAUGAAGUCGAUCCCGAAUUUGCGUCUAAAUAUAUCUCCAAAGGUGUCCCAAUUAUCAGUAAUCCCAAUCUUUCCUUAUCUCUAUUCUCAAAGGAUGCAGCAAUGGGAUUGGUGCUAAGUGCUGCAACAGGAAGAGGGUGGAGAACUGGUUCUGGUAUGGAAGGUCCUCCUGUUCCUGAUGAGACUCAGAGAGAAUCAAGCACAGAAAACAUAUCUACUUUUCCAUGGUCUCUCUUCACCAAAUCUCCACGGCGUAGAAUGCUUGUGGCUUUCACUUGUAACAUUUGCGGCCAAAGGACCACAAGGGCAAUCAAUCCCCAUGCAUACACUGAUGGAACUGUUUUUGUUCAGUGUUGUGGAUGCAGUGCUUUUCACAAGCUUGUGGAUAAUUUGAACCUGUUUCAUGAGAUGAAUUGCUAUGUGAACCCGAGUUUUAGUUACAAGGGUAAUGGUUGGGAAGAUAUGAAUUUCAAAUAUAUGGAGAUUGAAGACGAUGAGGAGGAUGACACUUUCCCCAUCCAGUAAGAUGGGGUUAUUGCUAUUGGGGUUUUCUACUUGUUUAUUAUUCUGUAUUGGUACAUUGCAACUUUUAGCUCAGUUUCUCAUGUAUAGGGUCCAGUAUAAGGGUUUUCCUUUUGAAAUCAAUAUUGUGUAUUAAUACGAAGAACAUAUUACAGAGCAAUGUCUAGUCACUAACUAGUGAUAGAAUAUAUACAUUUAUAUCUCCAGACUUAAAUGCCAUUGCUCUAACAUUGUUCAAAACAUGUGUAUACAUAAAUAAUAUAUAUAAUGCAGUUGGAGGUCAUUGAAGUGGCCAACACUUUCUUCUUCUUAA